AUGGAAAUUUUUGCUUCUUGCCGCUCAGUUUCCUCAACUAACAACAAACCUUUCCCUCUCCCUUGCCCUCGUCCCGAAACGACAGUCACGAUUUUAACCAGCACAACACUUUAUCCCACACAGACCGCCGUUUCGCCGUUCUUUUCUCGCCACAUCAACCAACCGAUGACCCCCAGGGUAGGCACCAAGGGGACAGUCUUUAAAACCAUUCUGUUUGAAUGGCAUCCGUUAGUUAGACCACGUCCCCGGCAGAAAGUGCUGGUAAGAAAAGCUGAGAAAGUCCGUCGGAAAAUAAUUUCUUUCUUUCUUGAUUUGAUCACACACACUCUCUCUCUCUCUCUCUCUCUCUCUCUCUCUCCACCCCCUCUACUCUAUGUAUACUUAUCUAUCUCUCUUUUCAAAACCACAUCUCUUUUGCUUCGUCUUUCUCUCUCUCUCUCUCUCUCUCUCUCUCUCUCUCUCUCUCUAUCUAUCUAUCUAUCUAUCUAUCUAUCUCACACUCAAUUUUCUCAUACUUCUAUUUCUCUCAGUCUCUUUAAAAAAAUUUCUGUGUCUAUUUCUAAUCUUCUGUCCUUACUUAUUUCUCCAUUUAUCUCUUCUGUUUUAUCUUUUUUUGUGCUGUAA